ACCGUGUAAGUACCCAACAACCAACCUAGUCCAUUCCUCUCUUUUAUUAUUCCUCUCCACGUUCCCUCCUUUCCAACUAUAAAAAAUAACUACUUUCUCUAAAGCUUUCCUUCUGCUUUGCAAGAAGAAUUCUCAUUAUACUAGGCACUCUCUCGGGUUCCCCUCACUUCACUCCCUGCAAGUCUUGUCUCUCUAAUGGAGAAAUUUCAGCAUCUCCUCCAUGCUUCACUGACACUACUGUUUAUAAUGUUUCCUUCUUUGUUCAUGUCGGUAUCUUCUGUUGAUAAUGGUAGUUUUUCGAUGAUCAAAUCAGAUGGGGAGGCUCUCAUCUUGUUCAAGAAGAUGAUUCAGAAUGACCCGAAUGGAGUUCUGUCAGGGUGGCAGCUUGAUAGAAAUCCUUGCUCUUGGCAUGGAGUCUCUUGCUCUCUAGGUAGAGUGACCAAACUUGAUCUUAGCUUCUGUAAUCUUGUUGGAGCUCUCUCAUUCUACCCAUUGGCUUCUCUCGACAUGCUAUCGGUUCUUAAUCUCUCCACCAAUUCAUUUACUGUAAAUUCUUCUACCUCUUUGCUUCAAUUACCACUUGGAAUAAAACAGCUUGAUCUAUCUUCUAGUGGACUUGCUGGCCUAAUUCCUGAUGGGUUCAUCUCCAAAUAUCCGAAUCUUCUUAACGUAAAUCUUGCUCACAACAACCUAACAGAUUUUAUACCUGACAAUCUCUUGGUGGGUUCUCAUAAUUUGCAGGUUCUAGACCUCUCUGUGAACAAUCUAACAGGAUCAAUUGCAGGUCUAAAGCUUGACAAUUCCUGCAAUGGCUUGUUGCAUCUUGAUUUCUCAGAAAACCAACUUAUGGGUACCAUUCCUUCUUCCUUAUCCAGUUGCACAAACAUCAAGAACUUAAAUUUAUCUUUCAAUCUAUUUUCUGGAGAUAUACCAACAUCUUUUGGAUUGCUCAGAAAUCUACAGAGGUUAGAUAUCUCUCAUAAUCAUCUUACGGGUUCUAUCCCAUCUGAGUUAGGCAGCACUUGUGUUUCACUUCUUCAACUUGAGAUUUCCAAUAAUAACAUCUCAGGUUCAAUUCCCACAUCCUUCUCUACAUGUUCUUGGCUUCAAAUACUUUCCAUGGCCAACAACAACCUUUCAGGUCCCUUUCCUGAUUCUGUACUUCAGAACCUUGGUUCAUUGGAUAGCUUGUUAUUAAGCAAUAACUUCAUAUCUGGAAACCUUCCUGCUUCCAUCUCAUCUUGUAGCAAAUUGCGAAUUUUGGAUUUUAGUUCCAAUAAACUAUCUGGUUUCAUCCCUCCGGAUAUAUGUCCAGGCGCUGCCUCACUUGAAGAGUUGAGGCUUCCUGAUAAUCUCAUUGCAGGUGAAAUUCCGGCCCGAUUGUCGCAGUGUAAGAAGCUCAAGACAAUUGAUCUUAGCAUAAACUAUCUCCGUGGUCCAAUUCCUAAGGAGCUUGGACAGCUAGAGAAUCUAGAGCAACUGAUGGCCUGGUUCAAUGGUUUGGAUGGGAAAAUUCCAGAAGAAUUGGGCCAUUGCCGGAACCUAAGGAGUCUCAUUCUCAACAAUAAUUUCCUUACUGGUGAAAUCCCUGUGGAGCUAUUCCAUUGCAGUAAUCUUGAAUGGGUUUCACUCACUAGUAAUGGCAUCACUGGCCACAUUCCACGAGAAUUCGGCCUAUUGCCAAGGUUGGCUGUUCUUCAACUUGCUAACAAUAGCCUGAGUGGUCCAAUACCCAGACAGUUGGCAAAUUGCAGCAGCUUGGUUUGGCUAGAUUUGAACAGUAACAGGCUCACAGGGGAGAUCCCUCCGAGGCUCGGCAGGCAGCUGGGAGCCAAGUCGUUGAGCGGAAUUCUUUCAGGCAACACACUGGCAUUUGUACGCAAUGUGGGGAAUUCAUGUAAAGGAGUUGGAGGUUUGUUGGAAUUUGCAGGAAUUCGACCAGAGAGGCUUCUGCAGGUCCCAACCUUGAAGACAUGCGACUUCACAAGGUUGUAUUCAGGUGCUGUCUUGAGUCUUUGGACGCAUUACCAGACAUUGGAGUAUCUUGAUCUUUCUUACAAUGAGCUUCAGGGGAAAAUCCCAGAAGAAUUUGGUGACAUGGUGGCCCUACAAGUGCUGGAUGUAGCCCAUAACAAGCUCACAGGAGAGAUUCCUGCGUCCCUUGGCCAGCUCCGUGAUUUGGGUGUGUUUGAGGCAUCUCAUAACAGGUUGCAUGGGCAGAUCCCAGAAUCAUUUUCAAAUCUCUCAUUCUUGGUACAAAUUGAUCUUUCUGAUAACGAAUUAACUGGGCCAAUUCCUUCGAGGGGGCAGCUCAGUACUCUCCCUGCAAGCCAGUAUGCAAACAACCCAGGACUCUGUGGGGUCCCACUGCCUCCAUGCCAAAAUGAAAACAGUCUACCAGCGACAAGUCCGUCUGUUGUUGAUGGGAAAGGACGCCGACGACCUCAGGCUACAUCAUGGGCUAAUAGCAUUGUUCUGGGUGUUCUUGUUUCCAUGGCUUCUAUCUGUAUUCUGAUAGUCUGGGCUAUUGCAAUGCGUGCAAGGCGGAAGGAGGCAGAGGAGGUUAAGAUGCUUAGCAGCUUGCAAGCCUCCCAUGCAGCCACAACUUGGAAGAUUGGCAAGGAGAAGGAACCAUUGAGCAUAAAUGUGGCUACGUUUCAGAGGCAGCUGAGAAAGCUCAAAUUCUCACAACUCAUUGAGGCCACCAAUGGCUUCUCAGCGGCAAGCCUGAUUGGGUGUGGUGGGUUCGGAGAAGUGUUCAAGGCCACUUUGAAGGAUGGUUCAAGUGUUGCAAUUAAGAAGCUCAUACGCCUGAGUUGCCAAGGAGAUCGAGAGUUCAUGGCUGAGAUGGAAACUCUAGGAAAAAUUAAGCACAAGAACCUUGUUCCCUUAUUGGGCUAUUGCAAGGUGGGUGAGGAGAGGCUCCUAGUCUAUGAAUUCAUGGAGUUCGGCAGCCUUGAAGACAUGCUUCAUGGGAGAAUCAAGGCACGAGAAGGACGGAUAUUGAGCUGGGAAGAGAGGAAAAAGAUAGCAAGAGGUGCGGCAAAAGGACUUUGUUUUCUGCAUCACAAUUGCAUCCCUCACAUCAUACACAGAGACAUGAAGUCCAGCAACGUACUCUUGGAUCAUGAGAUGGAAGCCAGGGUCUCAGACUUCGGCAUGGCGAGGCUCAUAAGCGCUCUGGACACCCACCUGAGCGUGAGCACACUUGCGGGCACACCUGGGUAUGUCCCACCAGAGUACUACCAGAGCUUCCGCUGCACUGCCAAGGGCGACGUCUAUUCACUUGGAGUCGUGCUCUUGGAGCUCUUGACAGGGAAGAGGCCGACUGAUAAGGAGGAUUUCGGAGAUACCAAUUUGGUGGGGUGGGUGAAGAUGAGGGUGAGGGAAGGAAAGGGGAAGGAAGUGAUCGACCCAGAGCUGCUUUCAGCAGCCAUCAAGGGAGGUGAAGACCAUCAACGAGAGGAGGUUAAAGAGAUGACGAGGUACUUGGAGAUAACGAUGCAGUGCGUCGAAGACUUCCCUUCCAAGAGGCCCAACAUGUUGCAGGUGGUGACUAUGUUGAGGGAGCUGAUCCCGGGAGCUGCCACAGGAAACAACAGUGGUUGAACCAAAGCUGCUUUUUGAUUCUGUUUAUUCCUGCAAAUUUUAGUUGUAAAAUUGUUUGUUAAGCUAUUAGCGUCGCGAGUACUGUAAACAUGUGGCUGGCUAUUUCUUCUUGUUCUUGAUGUCACA